AGGAUUUUAGUUCCUUGUCAAACGGUGUAAACACAUGGCAGUGAAUGUUGAAAUACCCUGAAAAACAUUGACUACAAGUUUACCGACGAAUGUCGUAUUGUUUUAUUAAUGAAACGGUAAUACCAUUAAAGGAUUUAGGGACAUUUACGUAUACACGCUAGGCAGUGGAAGUUAUCGUAGGUAAGAGAGAAAGAUGAAGAACAGAAAGGAGAAGAGUGUGCAAUCCGAUGAAAAGAAUGUAAAUAACAACGAGGGACCUGAAUGUCGACAAAAGUUUUACUCGAGAUUGUGUGAAUUAAGAGACCAGGCCCGGGGGAGGGGCAUCGGACAGGACUUAGUAGCUCAUGUGUUCAAAUCACGGGGAACUUUGAAAAUCCAAGCUCAAGAGAAUAACUCAUGGUUCAAAACUAUAACAAUGGCCUUGACCUUAUCUGUGAUCAUAACGGCAGGGGUCAUGACCUGUGGUGGAAUUGCUUUGAAAUUUUUUGGGUUAGACGAGGAACUAUACGAAUUAAUUGCUGAAUCUCGCUGUAUUGUUGAAAAUGGGGGAUUUACGAUUGAAGUUGCUCGUCCCCUGACAAAUUGUGACUGUUGCAGGAAUCUUAAAGAGUUUCCCGUAGAAAGAAACAUUACCCCCGAGGACUUUGUGAAGAAAUAUGCCUAUACCGCUGUGCCUGUUCUUAUCAAAGACGCAACUCAUAACUGGACAGCUAUGACCAACUUUAGUUUUGAUUUCUUCAAAAAUGUAUAUACGAAAACAAAAGGCGCCUUGACGACUAUUGAUGAAGAAUGCCAAUUUUUUCCAUAUAAAACAGAAUUUGAGACUCUGGGCGAAGUAUUUAACAUGUCUGCAGAGAGAGCCAAUUUUACAGCGGGAGAAAAACCUUGGUACAUUGGAUGGAGUAAUUGUCAUUCGGAAGUGUCCGCCAUAUUACGUCAGCACUACAACCGGCCAUACUUUCUUCCGGCUGACUCCGAAUCCAGUUCGGUGGACUGGAUGUUUAUGGGCGGACCCGGACUCGGAGCAUUUGUCCACUUAGACUACGUUCAGCGCCCAUCCUGGCAGGCCCAGAUUUCUGGACAGAAGACGUGGACUUUGAUCCCGACCCCUGAGUGCGAGGACGUGUGUACUGAACUAAACGUCACAGUCAGUAAAGGGGACAUCAUCGUGCUGGAUACAAACCAGUGGUACCACGCCACUUACAUCCACCCCGGAGAAAUCAGUAUCACCAUUGGGUCGGAGUAUGACUGAAUAAACCAUGAGAUUAAAAAAAGAAGUCUUUUUUGUGCUUUUUCUACAAGUCCCCUCAUAUGUAUAUGGGUAGUUUUUUUUUGUUCUCUGAUACAUUAACAAAGAUAAUCAGAAAUCAGCAUGUUAGAAUGCCUUUGGCAAGAAAAGAUUAAAAAUUUUCACCGUAGA